AUGGAAUCUAUUCAUGAUGCUAUGAGUGACAUCCUGGGAAAGGAUCAACACAAUGGGCGUCACGGUGAUAACCACAGUCGUCGGCCAGGCAGACGUGGAAGCAACACAGGCUCUAACUAUGACUUUGAAAGACAAAGCAUGGAAUAUGAACCUUCAGUGAUGCCUCACACUAACUAUAUCCCAGAAUACAGACUAGGAAGAGAUGAUAACACUAUAUUCCCUAUUCAAGAGGUGAUACCGAACAGUCAGGAUGCUAUGGAAGAGCUGGCUGCUAGAAGCCGCAGACAAAGAGCAGCCACUGCUACCAUAAAUGCAAACAACAACGAUUUCCAAAGAAAUAACGACGGUCUUGGAGGCCACGGCGAGAAUGGUGAUGAAAUUCAUGGGGAGGAAGAUUUGGACAUUGACGAUCCAUUGAGAGAUAACGUGCCAAUGAUGGUUAAGCCAAAGAUUCUUCACCAGAAUCCACAAACACCAACAGUCUUGCCUUCUACUUUCCACCCUAUCUCCAAAUGGUCUUCUGUCAAGCGUUACUACUUGAAAGAAUUCUUGGCUGAAUUUCUCGGUACCAUGAUGAUGGUUUUCUUCGGUCAAUGUAUUGAUAUUCAAGUUAACGCAGGUGCACAAAUCCAAAGAAAUCAAUAUUUAGCAUACGUCGAAAGACUAAACAGAACUAAGGCUGUCACAAAUGAUACUUUAGAAAUCCUGAACGCUUUGCCAUUGUUAGUUUCAACCACUACCUCCGGUACCGCAGAUAAUGUUCCAAAGAACUGGGCUGCUGCUGUGGUUAUGGGUUAUUUUGCUGCCGGUGGUUCUGCCAUUUCUGGUGCCCAUUUAAACCCUGCUGCAACCGUCACUACUUUCUUCUUUAGAGGUUUCCCAGCCAGGAAGAUGCCUUUCUAUUUUGCUGGUCAAUUGUUAGGUGGUUUCAUGGCUUGCUUGUUGUCAUACAUCUAUUACAAGAGGGUUAUCAUGGAAGGUUACCCACAUUGGUAUGAAAGUGAAACCGUUGCAGGCUUCUUCGUUACAUCACCAAAGCCAUAUUUAUCAACAGAGAGACAGAUUACAUCUGAAUUCAUGUGUACAGCUGCAAUGCAAUUAUGUGUGUUCGCUUUAACAGAUCCAUAUACAUCUUUGUCGGCUGAUAUCUUCCCAUUGCUACUAUUCUUAAUGGCUUUGGUUGUUAACUCCUCUAUGUCUUUCCAAACAGGUUCCGCUAUGAACGCUGCUCGUGACUUGGGUCCACGUCUUGCUCUAUGGGCCUUAGGUUUCGACAGAAAGAACUUGUGGAUUCACCAUCAUCGUUAUUUCUGGGUUCCUAUGAUUGUCCCAUUCUGGGGUUCCAUGACAGGUGCAUUACUUUAUGAUUUCUGUAUUUACCAAGGUCAUGAAUCUCCAGUGAAUUGGCCAUUGUCUCUAUACAAAGAAAAGUUUAUGAAGCUUUGGCACAGGCGCCCUGGCUGGAAGAACAGAACCAGAAAGAGAAGAACAUCCGACUUGUCAGAUUUUUCAUAUCAGAAUGAUGAUGAUGAUAACUUGACCGACAACGACUUCAAAGACAAACCAAAGACUGCUAAGACUAAUGUUAAACCCAACCAAGGAGGUAACCCAGCUGAUGAAGCUGGAAAAUUUGUUAGAUUCCAAUCUGUAUCACAAAGGGGUGGUAGAAGUAGGCACAAUAACUCAACCACUAUCUUGGAAGAGGAUUCAAUUGAAACUGCUUCUUUAGGUCACUCCCAAAGUGAUUCGGUUGAUAACUCUGAUAAGCACUCCAUUCAUAAUGCUACUGAUGAGAAGGUGUCAUAUUAG